GGCCCAUCAUCAAGUUCCUGUAAUGGCUGUGACGUCGGAGCAAACGCGUGAUAUAUGGAAGGAAGGAGGAAAUAAGCUUUGUAUGCUCUCUCUUGGAAGUGAUGGUGCCACCGUCUAGGAGCGGUGAAGCGAAGUGCUGCAUCAAGACACCAACGAGUGCCGACGGCACCACAGAAGCCCGCAUGGAUCCGCAAAACCACGUGGUCACCUUACCGCCGUCGUCCAGUGCAACCGGCCAACCGGACGAGGCGCAGGAACAGCUGGAGAAUGCGAACCCAGCCGAGGGGCCCCAGCCUCUGUCACCGUCGCCGCAACGUAGACUUCAGCGCGGUCGCCACAGCCCUGUCUCGCCUUCCAAGCACGGAAGCCGCUCGAAGAGUCCCCGGAGAAGCAAGGGCAAAGACUCCCCGUCACCGCGCCCCACGUUCCAGCGCUUCCCAGGCAGAACCGCAAGCCGUUCGGAACCGCUUGGGAGGAGCGACGGUGCUUCUCCUCCGACCGACAAAACGUUCCCUGCACCCAAGCCCUUGACUCAGCAAAUUAACCAAGGCACCGACAGCCGGUACCUUCGUGAGCCGGUCGACCGCGUGGCCAUGCCUAAAGAUAAGCCGGCCGACUUUGGUAGCGUACAACGAAUCGGUGCUCCAGGUGAUGCGGUUGUCCGGACAGCAGCAGAAGAGGCGGUCUCUGGUGGCAGAGGAAGUGCCGAGGAAGGCGUCUUCGCUUCUCAGCAGAAGAAGCACUCGACGAUGCUCAAUGAGAUCCGCUCGAAGACUACUAGCCCGGCCUUUUCGGUUGCACCUGGCGGAAGCUCGAGCACCAGGAGCCCCCCGGUUCGAUUGCGAGACUCACCAAACCGAACGCCGCAGGGUCCUGGCAGUGGAUCAGCCCAAAAGCGCUCUCGGAGCACUGCGGCUGUCAAUAGCCCGCCAAGACUAGAACUCUCCGUGGCUGUAGUGUCUGGCACCUUGCUCUUGGUUCUGCUGCUGUUCGGGAUCGUCAGAAUCACUUGGCCACGGUCAAAGACUGUCGCGAACCUGUGCCUGACGCAUGCCUGCCGCGCCUACUUCGACGGGCUAAAUUCUUCCAUCAACCACGAGGUGGACCCAUGCCUCAACUUCACGCUGUCCGUCUGCGAUGGCUGGCAACGUGUCCACAACUUGGACGUCUGGGAGGAGCAGUUCCAGCUCUUCCUCAGCAGGCUGGACGUGACACUCAAGAGCAUCAAAGUUCCGGUAUCAGGACAGAACGACGAACAGCGAGCCGCCGUCCUCUACCGAAGCUGCGAGGACGUCCUCCAGGGCAGGAGGGACGAGCUGGCCGUCGUCAAGGCUGCGCUGGACGAAGCAGGCAUCGUCUGGCCGCAGGUGACCCGAGACGCGGACGUUCUACGCACGUUGCUCUACAGUUCUGUCAAGCUUGGCUGGGACGCCGUCCUCUCCUUUGACGUCGUCGGAGGUUUUGGCAAGGCAGCGGAAGAGAUCGUCGUCGGUCCUGGUCGGUCUUUCCCAUUCCUACGGUCGGAAUUCACGAGCAGAGAGACGCCAUCAGAGCAGCGAAUCUACUUUGAAGUUCUAAGGAGCCACUUCCAACGCAAAGACGCAAAUAUCAGUAGCAUCGUGACGCACGAGCAGACGCAGGACAUUGCAGAGCCAUCGAUGAGAAACCUCUCAUCCUAUUAUAGCUUCGGUGCCUGGCCGCCUCAGCUAGCCACCUGGUUGGUGAACGCAAGCGGCGCUGGUCUCACAGAAUCUCGCUGGCUGAAUGCCUUGCGCAGUGUCAACAUUAGCCUGCGAGACGAAGUGCACAUCUCAACCACAAAUGUCGAUUACGUUAAGGCGUUGCUGACUCUAUGGGAGGAGCACGGCGAGGACGCGUUCCACCUGUUCGUCUCGUGGUGCACAGUUCAGGUCGCCGCCUUGUACGCAAACAAAGACUUGAUUAUCAACUAUUACUACAGAAGUUUCGAGAAGGCGCAAGUCUACCACAGAGCCUUCUGCGUCAGCAGAACCCUGUUCUUUUCCAGACAAGCGCCCUUCGAGAGAUAUGUCAACGACACUCUCCAUGAGAACUCUGCUGCCAUUGCGAAAGGAAUAGCUCUGUCCGUCCGGUUAGCCUUUUUCCAACGCCUCUCGAGCUGGGACCACUACGACGAAAACGUUAUGGUGGUCGCGAAAUGGAACUCCCUGGAGACCGCUUUCCGUAAUUUCGAGUACGACAAGAUCGGAAACACGGCCCUCGGUGGAGCAAGUGACAAAAUUCCUGACAUGACGAGCUCCUUCGUAAGCAAUUGGCAACAUUCAGGGUUGGUUACUGACCCGGAUGAAGUUAUAGACUUAGCGUACGCUAUCUACCACCUGCGAAUUUUCAAGCUUGACUGGAAGGAACGAGACUUCGAGGUGAUGCCCUACUCCCUGUAAUUUCCGCUUUUCGACCCGGACCUGCCCGCUACAGUCAACUACGGGGGCUUUGGAAGUGGAGUGGUCGGCGCCCUGGGCGCCCUCUUUCUCAAUUCGUACUGGGACCAGGAUAACGCGUCGCAGUCCCUGAUCGCGUGCAUGCAGAACAGUUUGCCCGGCAGAGAAAAAUACGCGUAUUACUAUUUGCAGCAGGCUGUCGGAUACUGGGCCCUUGUUGACGCGUAUAGGCGAAACGGCCCUUCUUCAGCCUGGGUUCUGCGGGGACUGGAGCAGUUCAGCGACUUGCAGCUACUUUUCAUUGCGACUUGUUUCGGCCUGUGUGUCGGAAGCCACCACGUGCACAAUCAGUGCAAUCUGCUGAUGCUACAUGUGCCCGAGUUCACGGAAGCUUUUCGGUGUGCUCGAAAGGACCAUCGGGACUUUCCCCAGCAGUGUCAGCUGCUGUAAAAACUUCAGAGCGAGUGCAUAUGGAGAGCUGCUUGCCUUGGCUGCGCUUUAUGGCGCAUCGUGCUUAUAGAGAUGGUGACUUGCGGGUUCUGUUGUCGCCGACAGCUAUAAUGGGCUUAUGGUAAUGUGAUUAUCCAGUGAAAUUUGUAAAUAUGAUCAAUAGUUUCUUUCGUUCUUGGAUUUUUCUUUUACAACGAAGCUGUACAAUGCUUUCUACGAACAGUCUUAAACUGAUUCAGCCAUAGACAGUAACCGAGUCUGCGGUGAUGCCGUGAUUAACGAUCUGAUUGUAGUUUACGGUGUCUUGCAUCUCCGUGUUUAUGCUUUGCACCUGUCACUCUGGCAUUCCCCCAGCUAUGAGCAUCUGUGUCACUAGUAGGACAAUGCGUUUUCUUUUAAGAGCUACAAGAAUUUAUUAUAACGCUACAUCAAAAGCUCUAAUUACGUGAUCAAAGCAAUAGCCUCUCUAACGUAAACUUGGACAAGACGCUAAUGAACAUCGCAGACAAGUUGACGCAGACGGCUAACGCAACGCAUUUGGCAAAUGUAAGCAAAACAAGACAACUUGCGUACAAUAAAAAUGCAGA